CGGCACCGCUCAUCACCGAAGCUCGGCCACUGUGGAUACCUCUGAUUAGGUUGAUUCGAGAUGUCAUGAUUUAUUAACAGCUGAACUGUCCUCGCCUUAUCGCGCGGAUCACAUCCUACACAUUAGCGCCAUUAUGCCAGGAACGCCAUCGAGCCGCGGAUGCGACGGAUGCCGUAGGCAGAAGAAGAAAUGCGACCAAGCUAAACCAACAUGCGGAAGAUGUAAACGAGUUGGCGUACCAUGCGUUGGAAAUGGCAUCAAACGAUGGAAAUUUCACUCAUUCCAGAACGAAGAUCAUAGUCUUAUCAAACGACGUCCCAGCAAUGAACAGACCCAGCUCUCAUCCUCGUUGGUUCACAUCCUUCAGACUGAGGAUGCCAGAUUCGAUAUCCGAGCCUUUGGCGGCAAACUUAUCCCAGAAAUCGUAGCACAAAUUGGUUGUAGUCCGGCACUCGACUCUUGUGUAAACGCGAUGGUUUCUCUGUAUAAAUCACAUCGAUGCCAGGAAUCAAGAAUUGAUGCUUUGACGAGAUAUGGAGAAGCUUUAACAGCAACCAGAAAUGCCAUACUUGAUCCGAAGGAGAAGAUCAUGAUGAAGAUGCAGGUCGUUUCAAUUAUGUUUGUUUGCCAUUACUGGGUAGACCGUAAGUCGAUCGAACAACAUCGAGAAGUAAUAUCAGUGUUAUUUCGCGAAGCUGUUAUGAAAAAUCAGCUUGACGACUUGGGCGACUACAUGGUGGGACUUAGCCAACUCGCCGUACUCCAACCCCUUCCUUUGUAUAUUUCCCAAAGCUGAUAAUACGAUUAGGUUAUGGCAAGUUUCUUGAACCCUCAGUUUGAGCUAGGUCCCUGGUUCUGGGAAGCGUGCGAGACGAUCGGCACUCCACGACCAGUCAAAUACCACCAAGGAAGCUUCCUGAGCCUAGAAUCUGGAACCAUGGGAGAAUUAUCUAUCUUGAUGCGCUCACCAAAGAAGAACCUUCGUCAACUAAGAUGCAUCUACGACGUCAUGCAGUUCGAGAUGCCCAAGGUCCGACAACUUCUUGCACUAGCCACAAUAUCUACAGCAGCAGCCAACGCACCGGCGAUGUCGACAAGAGUCUGUAGUUCAUACAGAGUAGCAUAUGGAAUUCUACUCGCCAUGACUGCAGUGAUUGGACAUACUUUGCGAAUCUGGGACACAGAUUUGACGCUUGUGGGAAAUUCACAUGAAUGCGUCGAUGAGUGUAUUGCUUUGGUAGAGCAAUGUGAGAGUGCUCGACCGUACGGUGCUAACUUUGUGCCGGACUUUCUCACUAUGGUAUGGGCAGCGGCUACGGAUGGUUAUAGGAAUGAUGAGAUGGCGGAGUACUUGGUUGAUUACGAGAAGGAUUCUAUUGGGGCGGACUUUAUGGGGCAGGCUAUGUCAAUAAGAGAACGACUGUUUGCGAUGGAGGCAAGGGAGACAGCGGUGGAGUUUAAAUUAGUUCUAGACCCAGCGCUUGAAUCUUUGGUGAAGGGGCCGGUGGUCAGCGUACAGGAAAUUCAACCAGCUGUCAGUGAGUGUAUUAUACUGUAACUAAUAAGAGAUAGUGGAGUCAACAAUCAAAAGAACAGAACACGGAACUCGUGCUGAAAUAACAAAGACAU